AUGGACACUCCUCAUCAGCCUGAUUCGCUGGAUAACCCCGGGAUCUGGCAAAACCUCUCGCUGUGGACCGCUUACCGACUUCAAUACGCCGUUAACGUCACUAAGCUCACGCCUUCCCUCGAAGACCUGGUAUGGGCUGGUCCAAGAAUGGUUCGAAAGCUCACGGCCUACCUACCCUUUCCUGAUUCACUUGACGCCCUAGGCCAGAGAGUCAUUCCUGAAGCUACAAGUUCUGGUUUCCUACACACUACCGACGCCGCAACCACUGGCGCCUCCAGCAUGGACGUACCGCCUCCGAUAGUCCUUCCUCAUGGUCACGGGCCUGCUGCUCUGGCCGAUCCGGAUAUCAGUGGUGUCUCCCCCAAGUUCACCAUGGAGGGCGCGAAAGGGCUUGGCAGCGUCUUCAGCUAUGCUACAAGCAAAUGGGCGCUCUGCUGUAUUGCCAUGGCCAUCGUCCUCAACCGCACCCAUAUCUUUGCUGCUACACGUCGACGCUUGCGUCUCACCUUAUCCGUUCGGCUUCUGCUCCGCGGCCUUCCAGUCCUUCUGUUCCUGGUGCAAGCCCGCGGGCUCCUUCGCUCGAUUCAGUGCCAGACCUCUCCUGACUUCUCCGAAAUGCGAUGGGGAAACACAAGCAAGAGUUCUGAACUCAUGUUCUCCCAAACUGGGGGCUUCCUACACACCAUGAGUUCUACACUUUUGCUUGGCGCUUCAGACGAAGAAUCCUGCACGGCUGUGGGCAUGGUGCCGGCAGAUAUUGACGAUGCGACACAGGACUUGCGGGGCUCCUUGUCUCUAUUGUGGCCACUCUUUGGCACUUUCUGUCUAAGCCAAUUCCUGGAGACCGUCUCCUGCGCCGUUCAGGGUCGCCCUGUAGCAGCCGAGACGGGCAUGACGCUAUUCGAACACUCUCUUGCUUUCGCAGAAGCCGACGCUGCUAUCAGUAACCAACUUGGCUGGGGUUUGUUCACUCAGUCACAAGCAGCAGAAGCCACGUCCAGUGCCGGUGGUUCAAUUGCCAUCAGCCGCUCCAUGAUAUUGAGAAGAGUCAACACCUCGCCUGAGGUCUUGCUGAUCGCUUUCCUUUCGGCCAUGAGUCACAUCACCAGCCAUGUGCUGGGCAUUUUCAAUCUGCAAGCCAAAUUCCGGCUUGUUAGUACUGGUUUCUGGGGUCUCUGCUUCAUGGCGAGCAUUCUCUGGAGUGCCUUUACCUUCUCUUUGGACGACCCAGCGAAACAAGGAUUGCUCAGAUUUCCUACUGUCUGUAUCAUUGGCUUCAUUCCCCAUGUACUUGUUCUCGGUGGCAUCCUUGUCUGUUUGUUCAUAUACCUUCUUGCUCUUGGUCUAGCCGCUCUUACUCCUGCAGAUGGACAGACAGGUCAGAGAACCAGUCUUCGGGAACGGUUAGCUCAUGCCCACGCAAACAUGCAAGCCAACCUUUCAUUGUCCGACAUCCGCAUUAGCAUGGAAAUGGAUUUCUACACAGCCCUGCUACGAACUGGCUUUGGCGCCAUCACUAUGGCAAGCGAAGCUGUUUACCUGAAUGAGGACAGGGAUGUCACUAUGCGACCCUAUACGUGGCUCGAGGAGGAGAGAUAUCGAGAGCUCGAGGAGCUGCGGACGCAGUGGAUCGGAGCAGGCGCCACUGACUCCCAUUACGACACCAUAGGUACCAUCGGCCUGGUACCCGUGAAAGAUGAUCAUAUGAUGGCUACGAAUGGGUACGCUCGGGAACGAGCAGCUCAGAAGGUGCCCAAGUCCCGAUCUGGAGAUAGACGGCUAAGGGAUGGUGUUGGUGCUGCGGAAAGAAGCGGCAGGUGGUUGAUGGCGCUGGACUUCAUCAUGAAUAUCAACAGGCUGAUAUUCCGAACAUGGGCAACAGCCAUGCUGAAAAUUCUCUCCAAAAUUGGUCUUCGCCAUCCAAAGUUUCUGCUUUGGAUUAUUCGUCGGCCAAAGGUUGCUAAUGAUACGAGGGGCUCGAACCCUAGUGGCAGCGGAAGUCGUGUACAUGCGCCUGGAGACUCUGUCGAGUCACUCCUCAAUAUCCCCAAAAUUGAUGGUGUUGAUGUUGAAUCCGAGUUCAGGCAGCAAGCAUGGAGAGGAAGCCAGAGCUGGGCUGCCAUCGAUGAGGAUGAUCUUGACUCGAGGCUCUACGGAUGGUGGCUCAGAGGGGGUUGGUGGGGUUCGAAAGACAACAGCGGCGAAUACCAACCCUACGCGUCUGGCGAUACAGACGACGAUGAUGCCACCAGCGUCGUGUCUAUCAGCACCAACAAUGACAGCGAAUGGGAGUCAGAACAGGAUGGACAGCGAACACCUACGCAGACCAGGCCCCGGGCUUUACGGGAAGCCACGCCAGUCCCUGAGGAUUCGCUCGAGUUGUCAGAACUUGCACGCCUGCUGCACCCGAGCAACCCGGAGGAGAGAGAGGAGGCCCACGCUUUAGCUGCUCAUCUGAGCAGCGACAGGAUCAUGACCCGAUCACAGUAUCGAAAGUCGCAGCAGCUACAAAGGACGAGGAUCUUACAGCCGGCCGGACGAGCCAGUCGUAUCAUGAUGCGGCCGGUCAAGAUGACGCCAGACGAGGAGGCUCAACGCUUGGAACAGUUGCUACUGUCUCGCCGCGUUCAAUCUCCACGUUCUGUGGACGAUGGUGCAUCGACGUGGGCCGAGGGUGCCGCCGGUCUUGGUCCGGACGGUCCACAAUGUGUCGUCUGCCAGAGUUCUCCUCGUACCAUCAUCGUGUGGCCGUGCCGCUGCCUGAGCUUGUGCGACGACUGUCGCGUAUCACUUGCCAUGAACAAUUUUGACAAGUGCGUCUGCUGUCGUAGGGAGGUCAUCAGUUUCAGCAGGAUUUAUGUUCCUUGA